AAAUAAUUUUGUCAAAUUUUUUCCUUGUCAAAGUUGUCAAAUUUGAAAAUAGAGGUUAUGUUAUUGUUGACACUAUGUUCACAGUUUUUAGGCGAAAAGUACCUGAAAACAUAUUCAGGCUUGUCCUGAACCAAACCCUACCGAAAAAUUACGCCACUAUCACUUGUUCCUAUAAAAUUCCCUCCUUAAUUCCCAUCAAUGUGGGACAUAACCUGCAAGCUCUCCGGUACAAAAGCAAGAAAAGCCAAAAACAGCCCCCCAAGCCCGCUGUAUCGGAGUCAGAGACGGAAACAGAGAGCACGUUUGAGGACCAAGUCGUCGACAAAAACACCAAAAUCAUGCAAAUCCGCGUUAAAUCGUUACGGAUAGACGGAGUCCUAAAAUCCGGCCUUGGUAUCGCACGAAAUAAAAUUGAAACGCUCUUUUACGAGAGCAAAAUACGGGUUAACGGCGAAAAGUUGCUCAAGAAGAGUGAAUCAGUCCAGGAGGGCGACGAAAUAGACGUCAUCAAGGGGCCAAGCCCCACAAACCCCGAUUUUUUAAAUGUGGCAAGAGUCGAGGUUCUGGCGGUCACGGAAACGAACCCCGAACACAUCACUUUAAAAAUUCGGCGAUGCAAAAACCUAACUGUAGAAAACUACGAGCAGUGAGCUGUUCUGUUACGUAACUGUAAAUAAAACACUUUUUCUCUUUAAAUAA